AGUAUCUUUGAUUGGCAGACAAGUCAUCCAAUAGACGACGAGCCGCUCCGUACGGGUGCUCAGCGUGCUCGUUCACGGACCUGAACGCGCCAUCCACUGAAAGUAGUCUGGACUUGUGUGGCAGAAAGUAGCAGACCUGACCUCCAACAAGAAGCAUGCCAGAGUGGAAUACCUACUACACGAAUGAAGAGGAGGAUGAAGAGCAAGAGGAAGGAGAGCAGUCUGCAGGAGAUUACAAGAACACAGGGAGAGACAGUUUGGUCUUCCUGGUCGAUGCCUCCAAAGAAAUGUUUAUCAAAGGAGAAGAUGGACAGCCCUCUAACUUUGACAUGACUAUGCAGGUCGUGCGCAGUGUGUACACCAGUAAGAUCAUUAGCAGCCACAGGGACCUGGUGGCGUUGGUUUUCUACGGCACAGAGCAGAGCAAAAAUCCCAGGAACUCAUUCAAACAUGUCUAUGUGUACCACGACCUCGAUGAACCCGGUGCAAAGCGAGUGCAAGACGUGGACGCUCUGCGGGGGAAUAAAGGUGCCCAGCUAGCAUCAGACACCAUGGGCAGCGGGGAGACGUCAUUAGGUGACGCCCUGUGGUGCUGCGCCAACCUUUACAGUGACAUUAAGCUGCGCCUCUCACACAAGCGACUCAUGAUCUUCACCUGCAGGGAUGAACCACACAUGGGCGACAGCGCGAAGGACCGUCAGGCUCGCACCAAGGCCAGUGACCUUAAAGAAACCGGUGUCAUCAUUGACUUAAUGCAUCUGAUGAAACCGGGUGGUUUUGAUGUCUCGCCCUUCUUUCGUGACAUUGUAAGUCCACCUGAGGAUGAGAGUGAGUUGGGGCUGCAGCUGGAGCCUUGCGACAAACUGGAGGACCUCCAGAAGAGGGUGCGGUCCAAAGAGCAGAAGAAGAGAGCCAUGGCCAGGUUAAACCUGUGUCUCGGUGAGGGCAUGAAUAUCGCUGUGGGGAUGUAUGCAACUGCUGUGACAGCUCGAAAACCAGGUCCCAUCAAACUUUACAGGGAAACCAACGAACCUGUCCGCAGUAAAACCAGAACCUUCCACACCCAGACGGGCAGCCUGUUGCUGCCCAGUGAGAUAAAGAAAGCUCAGACGUAUGGUAAGAAGCAGAUAGUGAUGGAGAGGGACGAGGUGGACGCCAUCAAGAAGUUUGAAGAUCCUGGACUGGUUCUCAUCGGAUUCAAACCGAUGGAGAGGCUCAAACUUCACCACCACAUCCGACCUGCUGUCUUCAUAUAUCCUGAGGAGGGCGAGGUGAAAGGCAGCGCCUGUCUGUUCGCUGCCUUGUUGACAAAGUGCAGCGAGAGGAACGUGUUCGCUCUGUGCCGCUGCAUCGCUCGCCGGAACUACCCGCCUCGCUUUGUUGCACUGGUUCCUCAAAGAGAGGAGGUCGGUGACGGAAAAGUACAGAUUACACCACCAGGUUUCAACGCCAUCUUCCUGCCAUACGCUGACGACCUGCGGACUCUGGAUCCUCCUCAGUGCCCGUCUGCCUCACAAACACAGGUGGACAAGAUGAAGGAGAUCGUCUCCAAGCUGCGCUUCAAAUACAGGAGUGACGCUUUUGAGAAUCCAGUCAUCCAGCAGCAUUACAGGAACCUAGAGGCCUUGGCCCUGGAUAUGAUGGCUCCAGAGGACACAGAGGACCUCAUCAUGCCAAAGGUGGAUCAGAUUAACCACCGUCUGGGUCCACUGGUUGAUGAGUUUAAAGAUCUGGUCUAUCCUGCCAACUACAACCCUGAGAGCAAACCAGCUGCCAAACGCAAAACAGCUGAUGCCGGAGGCGGAGCUGAGAAGAAGCCCAAAGUGGAGCUAUCAGAAGAUGAGCUGCGGGCCCACGUUCAGAAGGGCACCCUUACAAAGCUGACCGUGCCCGUGUUGAAGGACGCCUGUAAACAGUUUGGGGUCCGGACCACUGGGACCAAGAAGCAGGAGCUGAUAGAUGCUUUGAUUGCAAAGCUGGGCCCAUGAAGAGUUAGACUUGAUUCCAGGUGUAGAAAUGUCUUCAGCCGCUUUGUAUAAUCAACAAAUCAAGUUCUGCUCAGUUGUGUGAGCUAUUUCAAAAGCAGGUAACAGGUUUUACAUUUACUGUGUUGCCUCUGAAUUUUCAGUGUUCAGUGUACAACAAAAGAAGUACCAUGUUGUUGGAUCAUGGUUCAGUACAGCUCAAUGCUCGGUUAAUUCAUGUUUGAAUGUAAAAAAGAAGUACAUUUCUUGUGAAAAGAGCUGAAACUGGUAAAGUUGGCUAUGCCUUAUGUGCAGUAAACACAGCCAUAAAAGCCAUAAAAUGACUAACUAAUGUUGACACUUGCUGACAAUUGUGCAUUUGCAUUAAUAAAACAAAACCUUUUUACA